CAGAUGGCGAUUCCUCCUUCCCCAGAGAGAAAAAUCUCCCUGAAUGCAGGCGCAUGUCAAUCAUUGGCUCUCAUGUGAUCGCUCCGGCCGAUGACGUGCCAACCAUAUGGCAUGAGCAUCAGAGCUGGUACCCCCUUUGCUUGGUCGAGAUGCCACUCUCGCCUCCUUUUGGAUAGCGCACUGAAGAAAGCUGAGCACCUUAAGGAGCAGUGCCCGAGUCCCAGAAGAUGCUGGGGACAAGGAAAUAAGAAUCCCCCCCGUUAGCUUUGAAGCCAUCAUGUUGACGAGGCUGUUCAGCGAGCCCAGCCUGCUCCCCGACGUGCAGAAAUUCCCCAGCUGGGCGGAGGAGUGCGAGGAGGAUGACCGCAGCGACAAGGAGGAGCGGAAAGGUAAAAGCUGCCCGCUGCAGGAGGAGCAGCGGGAAGGCUCCUUGGGCGAAAACAAAGAGGAAGGGGACCUAGGCGGGGACGAGGAGGAGGAGGAGGAGGAGGAGGAGGAAGGGGUGGAGGAGGCCGAAGGGGACCGGCCCAAGAAGCGCGGCCCGAAGAAGAGGAAGAUGACCAAGGCCCGGCUGGAGCGCUCCAAGCUGCGGCGCCAGAAGGCCAACGCGCGGGAGCGGAACCGCAUGCACGACCUGAACGCGGCGCUGGACAACCUGCGCAAGGUGGUGCCCUGCUACUCCAAGACCCAGAAACUCUCCAAAAUCGAGACGCUGCGGCUGGCCAAGAACUACAUCUGGGCGCUCUCCGAGAUCCUGCGCUCGGGCAAGCGGCCCGACCUGGUCAGCUACGUGCAGACUCUGUGCAAGGGCUUGUCCCAGCCCACCACCAACCUGGUGGCCGGCUGCCUCCAGCUCAACUCCCGGAACUUCCUCACGGAGCAAGGCCAGGAGGCCGCCAGGUACCACGGCCCCAAUUCUUCCUUUGCCCUGCACCCUUACACCUACCAGUGCUCCCGGCUCUCCGGCAGCCAGUGCCAGUCCAGCACCAUGGCCAGCUCCCACGCCCUGCGGACACACGCCUACUGCGCCACCUACGAGAGCCUCUACGGGAACGCCUCCCCAGAGUACAACAGCUCGGAGUACGACGCCCCCCUGAGCCCCCCACUGUGCAUUAAUGGCAACUUUUCCCUCAAGCAAGACUCUUCCCCGGACCACGAGAAAAACUACCACUAUUCUAUGCAUUACUCUGCCCUGCCAAGCUCCCGGCCGGCCGGCCACAACCUGGUGUUUGGCUCCUCUGGGAUGCGCGGGGGGGUGCACUCCGAGAACAUCCUGCCUUACGACAUGCAUCUGCACCAUGACAGAGGCCCGAUGUACGAAGAGCUCAAUGCGUUUUUCCAUAAUUAACCCCCUCGUGACCACUGGAAAUCCAUCCCCCACCCCCACCCCCGACUGCACAUAGCAAUCCCUUCUCCCCCCGCCCCAAAAAAACCCACUUCCAUUCUGCUCUAGGUUUUAAAUGUCUCCUCCGCCCCAAAACUGUGAACGUACAAUUGUUAGGUGUCUCCCUGUAACACACACACACACACAAAGCUAGACUUUGCUCAACUCACGGCUGUAUGUGAACUAGUAUCCCCCUUUACUUGUCCCCCAAGGAUAGCAGACCAGGGCAGAGUAUACACGGACAAGAAAAUUUACUUUGGUGCAAUAUAUAUAUAUAUAGAAAAUGUACAAAUAUUAUUGUUACAAAAGCUAGCCUUCGGGUUUGCAGUCGGUUGGAACAAGUGUCUAUUCUGGCCACAUGGAAAGAGAGUUUUAGGGAGAAAAAAUUGGAAAAUUAGAAAGCCCGUACCACUAUUUAAAAAAAAAAAUCAUAAUGUGGACAGUAAAAAAAGGGGGGAGGAAUGGAGAAAUAAAGCAAUUUUCACUCCCCUCAAAAGUAAAGUAUAUUGUUUGGCAACACAUCAAAGUAAAUUUUAAACAAUGCCAGCUCGUUGGGGUUUUUUUUUUUAAUUUUAUUUAUCAGGAUGCUUGUAGAAGGGGUUAUCUCAGACCAGGGGAAUUCUAUAUUCUUUCCGAGGAUUAAAUAAAAGAUCCCAUGGAAGUGUAAUGAAGAAACACACAAUGUUUGCCUC